UAGGGAUGCUGUGCUCGCGAUAUUUACACGCCAAACGGCCUAUCGUGCAGUAUUAUAGAAUAAUGUGAUUAUUGUGCUCUGUUUUGUGAUUUAAUACAACGAGUGUAGUUAAUAAUAAAUAAAAACAAUGUUCGGCAAUUGUUGCGGGCGUAAAAAGGCCAAGAAGAAGGAAACCAAGGACGCUGAGACCCAAAGCGAGUAUGAGUUAUUCGAUGAGAAACACGAGAUUGAUAAUGAGAUCGCGAAAGUUCCUCUGGAUGAUACCGCCGACAACGGGGGUGAUAACGAAGAUAAACUAUGUGAUAAUCAGGAUGCGGCCAUUGUGGACCAACCCCAUACACUUCACACGCCUGAUGUGCGAAUUGCUCAAGAAAUAACCCCGGAAAGCCCAAUCAAAGAAGCACAAAUCAAACCAAUCCAUGAACAACCUCAACCGCAACCUGUUAAAUCUCUUCAAAAACAAGCAAAAGUCGAAGGUUCAUUAGAACUCCCUGAAACCCCGCGAUCCCAGGAAUCUGAAUCACAACCAGAUCUUACUGUUUUGAUUAAAGUGAAUGGACAUGAUUGCCGCCCACAGGACUCAAUCGAAAGUGAAUCGGUUAUUGAUGAUGAAGUUUUUGAAGAAGGUGUUGGUCCUCCGAUAAAACUAGCGAAAAACAUGGGUAAACCACUUGCUAAGGGACAAAUUCAUGUCCCGCUCCCAAACUGGUUAUCAGAGGAAGAUGACACUGAGGAGAGAGGUGGGACACAGGAACCGCCCGCGACGCCAAUCGGUAAAGACGAGCUGGCGCUGCGAAGACACCGAUUCUUCUCGGAGUUACUCUGUGCGGCGCAGAACGCCACCGAACACAAAGUGCAUUUUGAUCCACUAGGACCUAGUGUUGCAGGGGCAGGGGUUGAUGCACCUCAUUCGCAAGAACUUGAACAACUCGUCUCACGUUUAGAAAACGUCACCUCGCGACUUGAGAACGUUUGUCAGCCAGUACAAGAAAUAUUAAAACUUAGUUCUUGUGCGUCCCUGCAAGAUUUCCUGGACACACCACUAGAAACACCUCUACCGCCACCAGUCCCCGACUCACCGGAAACAGUCAUCUUCAACGAGGUCACCAUGAGUGUCUACGGAUAUCAGGAUGUGAUGUCAGGACCUCUGGCGCAGUUUCUAGCCGUUUCCCAACAAUUGGGAGGAGAUGUGGCCACGCAUGCCGCCAUGGUGAAAACAGCAUUCGAUACCCAGCUGCAGUACAUCGUCAUGGCCAGCGAGUCAAAGCAACCCUCACAGGGAGACAUCAACAACCUGAUCCAACCAACAGCCAAGUGCAUCCAGCAGAUUCAGGAAUUCCGCGAGAAGAAUCGUGGCUCACCGUAUUUCAAUCAUCUAUCUGCCAUCAGCGAAAGUAUCCCUGCUCUUGGUUGGGUUGCAGUCAGUCCCACGCCAGGACCCUAUGUCAAGGAGAUGAAUGACGCCGGUCAGUUCUAUACCAAUCGUGUAUUGAAGGAUUGGAAGGAGAAGGAUAAGAAACACGUUGAUUGGGUGAAGGCGUGGGUACAGACGCUCACGGAACUUCAAGCGUUUGUUAAACAACAUCAUACAACUGGUUUAGUAUGGUCUGGUAAGAAUACACUUGCGGGAGGAGCACCUCCACCACCUGGACCACCGCCACCACCUGCCAUGUGUGAUAUCAGUGCACUAUCAGUGGAUCCCAGUCAGGAUAGGUCCGCGUUGUUUGAUCAAAUCAAUCAAGGAGCUGAUAUUACUAAAGGAUUAAAAAAAGUCACUUCCGAUAUGCAAACUCAUAAAAACGCGGCCCUACGUCAAGGACCUGCACCUUUCAAGACACCAGCAGGUGCGGGUGCUACUUGUGUACGAUCAGCUGCUCCAGUUGAUAAACCACCUGUUUUCAACCGUGAUGGUAAAAAGUGGAUGAUUGAGUAUCAGAAAGGCAAUCAUAAUCUGUUGGUUGAGGGCGCUGAGAUGAACAACGUUGUUUAUCUCUUCAAAUGCACCGAUUCGACGGUCACGGUCAAGGGCAAGAUCAAUUCAAUCACGCUUGACUCCUGCAAGAAGACUUCCGUUGUUUUCGACAGCCUUGUUUCCGCCGUGGAGUUUAUUAAUUGUCAAUCGGUGCAGAUGCAGGUCCUCAGCAAGGUGCCCACUAUUUCGAUUGAUAAAACCGAUGGAUGUCAAAUGUAUCUGAGCAAUGAUUCACUCAACGUGGAGAUUGUCAGCUCGAAAUCGUCGGAGAUGAAUGUUCUAGUCCCCAAACCAAAUGGAGACUAUGCUGAAUACCCAAUCCCUGAACAAUACAAAACGACCGUGGUCCCCGGUGGUCUGAGCACUGUCAUCGUCGAGAGCAAAGGCUAAGCGUGAAGAGUCGUCAGUAUUCGUGCGAUUUUUCAAUUUUAUACAGAAUUACUACGGUACGAUUUUUAACUUAUCAAAAACAAUUUGUAAGAUUAUACAGGCGUGUUUUUAAUAUGGCAUAGUGAUGUAAUAUUAAUAUAAUAACGUUUGUACUAUUAAUAUUAAUUCUUAAUCAUGGUUUCUUUUUGGUUGUGGCUUUACACUUGCAUUAUUCACCGAGGUACAGACACUGAUAAUCUAGACCGACAAAAUGAAUAUGAAUGAUAAAUAAAUUCAGCUUUACGAUCAAA